AAAGUGAUAGUUGAUACUUGAUUAGUGAUUUAUUUUCUCUGUGAGUGUGAGUAGUGAGCUGACUUAUAGCUUCCUUAUUUUUUGUCAAGUUCAAUUUUAAGUAACUUUGAACUUGGAUCAAAUAUCACUAUGGGGUUUCUUGUUGGAAUUUUAAAAAAGAUAUUUAAAUUAAUAGUAUAUUUAGCUAUUAUUAUAGCUAUAAUUCUUCUUAUUCCUAAUCUUCCACCGUAUACAAAGUUUACAAGCAUUGAGAUCGAGCCAACUCAACAAUUAAUCGGAGUAUUAGCGCCUAAUACUGUUUUAAAUAACGCAGAACACUUAUUUAAGGGUAAAUUACUGGGACCAGAAGCUUUCCAAAUAUAUAAUGGUGAGGUGUACACAACGCUUGCAACCGGCGAAAUCGUUAAAUUAUCGUCAGGUGGCCAUGUGACCUUCGUGACCAAAAUUGGAGACCCUUGCACCGGUCUCGUCCAGGAGCAUAUAUGUGGACGUCCUUUAGGAUUUGUAAUUGAUGAAAAAAAUAAAUUAAUGUAUGUGGCUGAUGCAUAUCAUGGCAUAUGGAAGGUCAACUUAGUAACAGACAAAAAGCAACUUUUGGUUUCACCUCGAGUGCCUAUAAGUGGAAGAACACCAAAAAUAUUUAAUUCUGUAGCACUGGGUCAAAAUGGAGACCUGUAUUGGACUGAUUCUAGCAGCGACUACCAAUUAAAAGAUGGUGUGUUUUCUCUGUUCUCUGAUCCAGGUGGAAGGUUGUUCCACUACAAUUCUGCUAAAAAUGAGAGCAAAGUAUUACUUGAUGACCUGUGGUUUGCGAAUGGCGUGGUAACUUCUCCAGAUAACCAAUUUGUGCUGGUGGCAGAAACAAGCAGAUUUAGAAUUAUGAAAUAUUAUUUAAAUGGACCAAAGAAAGGCAAAUCUGAAGUAUUUGUUGCAGGAUUGCCAGGUAUUCCUGAUAACAUACGCACUCUUCCCGACGGUUCUGGUGUAUUAAUAUCACUCUACAACGCAUUAGAUGAAGAAAAUCCUUUGAUCAUCAGGACUUUGGCCUCAACACCUCUUGCAAGAAAGUUCAUAACAAGACUCGCCCUCCUUAUUGAACUUCCCUUCCAGUUUCUCAGUGACCAGUUCCAUAAUCAUGUCUUUGAAGAAAUCGUAUAUAAAAUUGGAAACUUUGCUAGUGUUUCUCAUAUGGCCGCUACAAUGUCAGGACUUAUUCAAAUUGAUUGGAAUGGUAAUAUUGUUGCUUCAUACUACAAUACGGAUGGAACCAUAGCUCACAUAAGUGAUGCUAUUGUCUUUAAUGAUAAAUUGUAUACUGGCUGUCCUCACACACAAGACUAUGUUGGUGCUGUACCAGCUCCACCACUUUUAAAGAAAGCUUUCUCUAGUAACAGGCCAGUGGUCAAAGAACAACCUAAAAUAAAAGUUGAAGAAAUACCCAAAGUAUCAGAACAAGUACCUAAACAGCAGCAAAAAACUACCCAAAAGCAAACAGAACCAAAAGUUGUUUCUAAAGAAUCUGAAAUAAAACCAAAAGUCACAAAGGAUGCCGAAGUCAAGCCGAAAGUAGUCAAAAAAGAAGCAGAGGUAAAGCCUAAAGUGCUCACAAAAGAAUCUGAAGAUAAACCUAAAGUGGUUUCUGGAGAAGCUAAUAAGAAACCUGUAGUCGUUCCCAAGGAACCUCAAAUUAAAGAACCUGUGAAAGAAUCUAAACCUACACCCAAAGCACCCGAAGUUAAGGCUAAAGUUGUACCCAAAGAACAAGUUACUAAACCCAAAGAAACGGAUAAGAAGCCCAGUGCAACUAAAAUUAAACCAGAUUUUAAAGAAACUGAAACCAAAGUUAAACCAUCUAAAGAUGCUGACCCGAAAUCUAAAACCGAAAGUAAAGUAUCGGGACAAACCAAAACUGUUCCAAAACAGGUUAAGAUAAAUUCCGAGACAAAAUCAGAAGACGUUCAAAAGAAAUCUCAGAAUCCUGAUGUAAAAAAACAAAAUACUGAAGAAAAAACUAAAUCAGGUGAAAGUAUGCCUAAGCCUUCAACCAAGCAGAUACCAGUUGAAGAAAAAAUACCAUCAGAUACUGCCAAACCAAGCAAGGACACUUUAAAAGUAAUAAAAAAAAGUGGACCUCAAGAGAUCCCCCAUCCUAAUGUGUAAGAAUAGGUUGUCAUUAUAAAGACUUUAUUUAGAAGUCUCCAUUUUAAAUAGGGAAUAUGCAAUCUUUUUUUUAUUAUAUGUAAAAGAUUUAGUUGGUGUGAUUAGGUACAUUGUUUUUAAAAAUAUUGUUGGAGAUCAACACAUAAUCUAAUCUACAUUUUGUGUGACUGUCACAAUCACAAUUUACAGGUUGUAUAAACUUAAUGUUUUUUUUUUUAUACACUUAAAUUUUUAUUUUAUAAACUUAUUUAUUUUUAGUAUAAUAUUUCAGAUUAAAACGAAAUAGCAAUUAUAAAAUUGCAGAAGCACAACAAUAAUAUAAAGAAAAGUCAUUGCAAUAACUUUUUAAAUUAAAGCAAAUUACGUGUAUACUGUUAUUCACAUCGGUAUAUUAUACACUAGCUUUACCAAAUAGUGGUAUUAAUCUUUUGUUUUGGUAAAAAUUUAAGAAGAAUUAUAAGAAAAAGUAACUUUGUGAUAAAAUUAUCCUCGUAAGUGAAUAUUCUAAAUAGAAUAAAAUAUAUAUUUAUAGCAUAUGCAUAUUUCCUAUUAUUUUUUGAAGAACAAGUAGUUAUUGGUUAGUUUUUCUUUUAAAGAAUCAUCGGUUUGGGAUAAUUUUAGUUAAAUAUUUAUUUAAAAAUCCUUUUUCCAUUCCCUAGAGCAUUCCUUAUUUUAUAGUGUUUUUUUUGUUAACUUUUAUAUUAUAUUAUUUAAUAACUCUAAUAAUAUUUUUUAUAAGUGUGUAUUAAUUAAGAUCUCAAAUUCGUAAUGUCGAUUGAAAAAUUAUAUUUAUUUGAAUGAUAACAUUUUUAUAAAAGUUUAAUGAAAAAUCACAGUUUUUAGUUUGCCUUAUCAAGUGAUAUUGGUCGAGGAUGUAGGUAUGCAUUACCACUCAAUUAGUACAAUUGUAAAGUUAAAAAAAUCUCAAUAUUAAAUCUUUAUUUUUCUAUUUAUAUACCAGAAUAUAUUUAAAAAAUUGUAUUAAUGCAAAAGACAUAGUUUGAAAAUUUGUUAUUGCUAAUUACCAAUUUCUGUAUGACAAGCAAUAUUGUUUUCAAUAAAUCAUUUUUGAUAUAUUA